GUGGUUGGGAUUUUGCAACUGAUAGAUUAUCAAAAACAGGGCGUAAUUAUGAACUCUGCAACAAAGGUGGGUGAAAUUUUUACAGCUGCCGGUGCCGCAUUCAAUAGCUUAGGAGAGCUAACGAUGCAGCUUCACCCUUCGUCAGAUUCUCCGACCGGGAGCAAAUGGACAGAUGAAGAAAUAGAGAUGCUUCGAUCUGCAGUCACACGAUUCAGUGAAGAUUUGAGCAAAAUCAGUCAACGCAUCAAGGGACGCACAGUUUCACAAAUUCGGCAUACGCUGAAGAAGAAAGCGUUCGAAGAUGCCGGCCUACCGAUGAGACAACAUACGCAAACAAUUCCCGCACAACCGCAUCUACAGCAGCAACAUGUACCACCACCGCAACAGCAACAGCAGCAAAUCAUCGUUACCUCGUCCACAGUGACAAAUUAUGAAGAGACAGUUCCACCAUCGACCAUCAUAGGCCAUCCGAUGGUGAUUGAGUCGGUCAUAAAGGACGAAAAUACGGAUUCCAGCGGGCUUCUGUGCCAAACGGCCGAUAUUUCGAUGACCUUAAAUCGUCUCAAUACACAGGAACACGAAGCAGACGUAGAAGGCAUGGGCUCGAGCGAAAUGAAGCUCGAGUUCGAACCCGGCACGGAAGAGGUGGCCGGGUGAAACGAGGAUGAUUUUUACUAUAGCGAACCGAAAGAUUAAUACUUGCAACUAACUGAUGUGCUUCAACACGGUAUUCUCUUAGCGGUAUGAAACAAGCGUUUGGUUAAGCUGUAAAGCAUUAUGAUAAGCUGCACUAUGAAAAUGAAACCCUUGUUACAAAUAGAUUCUUCUGUGGCCAAUUUUGUGACCGCUAAACGAUCUCUAACAGAAAUAUUAGUCGUACAUGUUGGUUGUGCUAGUGGCUAGGGGAGGUUACACAUGUGCAUAGAAGGGUUUUACAUGUCCACCCAGCGAGUGGAGAUCUAAUAAUGCGUUCAAUGCGAGGGGUUUAUUUUGCAAUGAAUAAAAAUGUGCAUCCUAUCAUGG